CACGCUGACUGAAGCCUCGAGCAAUGUUGCACGCCUUGAAGACAGGCGGCUCUCCAGGAGAGUGCUUCACCUUGAAGAGCCACCGAUUGUUGACUACGUUUUCCCCAGUGAAUUUUGUGUGCCCAAGCUUUCUCAAGCUACUCCUCUCAUCUCCACCCACCCCGUCGUAUCUCCUCUCAUCUCCUCCCAUCCCGUCCUAUCUCCUCUCAUCUCCACACAUCCCGUCCUAUCUCCUCCAAUCUCCACCCAUCCCGUCCUAUCUCCUCUCAUCUCCUCCCAUCCCAUCCCAUUUCCUAACAUCUCCACCCAUCCCAUCCCAUCUCCUCUCAUCUCCACCCAUCCUGUCCUAUCUCCUCCCAUCUCCACCCAUCCCGUCCCAUCUCCUCUCAUCUCCACCCAUCUCGUCCUAUCUCCUCUCAUCUCCACCCAUCCCGUCCUAUCUCCUCCCAUCUCCACCCAUCCCGUCCUAUCUCCUCUCAUCUCCUCCCAUCCCAUCCAAUCUCCUCCCAUCUCGAACCAUCCCAUCCCAUCUCCUCCCAUCUCCACCCAUCCCGUCCCACCUCCUCCCAUCUCCACCCAUCCCGUCCUAUCUCCUCUCAUCUCCACCCAUCCCGUCUUAUCUCCUCUCAUCUCCACCCAUCCCAUCCCAUCUCCUCCCAUCUCCACCCAUCCCGUCCUAUCUCCUCUCAUCUCCUCCCAUCCCAUCCCAUUUCCUAACAUCUCCACCCAUCCCAUCCCAUCUCCUCUCAUCUCCACCCAUCCUGUCCUAUCUCCUCCCAUCUCCACCCAUCCCGUCCCAUCUCCUCUCAUCUCCACCCAUCUCGUCCUAUCUCCUCUCAUCUCCACCCAUCCCGUCCUAUCUCCUCCCAUCUCCACCCAUCCCGUCCUAUCUCCUCUCAUCUCCUCCCAUCCCAUCCCAUCUCCUCCCAUCUCGACCCAUCCCAUCCCAUCUCCUCCCAUCUCCACCCAUCCCGUCCCACCUCCUCCCAUCUCCACCCAUCCCGUCCUAUCUCCUCUCAUCUCCUCCCAUCCCAUCCCAUCUCCUCCCAUCUCGACCCAUCCCAUCCCAUCUCCUCCCAUCUCCACCCAUCCCGUCCCACCUCCUCCCAUCUCCACCCAUCCCGUCCUAUCUCCUCUCAUCUCCACCCAUCCCGUCUUAUCUCCUCUCAUCUCCACCCAUCCCAUCCCAUCUCCUCUCAUCUCCACCCAUCCAGUCCUAUCUCCUCUCAUCUCCACCCAUCCCGUCCCAUCUCCUCUCAUCUCCGCCCUUCCCGUGCCAUCUCCUCCCAUCUCCACCCAUCCCGUCCUAUCUCCUCUCAUCUCCACCCAUCCCGUCCUAUCUCCUCCCAUCUCCACCCAUCCCGUCCCAUCUCCUCUCAUCUCCACCCAUCUCGUCCUAUCUCCUCUCAUCUCCACCCAUCCCGUCCUAUCUCCUCACAUCUCCACCCAUCCCGUCCCAUCUCCUCUCAUCUCCACCCAUCCCGUCCUAUCUCCUCUCAUCUCCACCCAUCCCGUCCUAUCUCCUCUCAUCUCCAUCCAUCCCGUCCUAUCUCCUCCCAUCUCCACCCAUCCCGUCCUAUCUAAUCUCAUCUCCACCCAUCCCAUCCCAUCUCCUCCCAUCUCCACCCAUCCCGUCCUAUCUCCUCCCAUCUGCUAACAUCCUGUCCUAUCUCCUCUCAUCUCCACCCAUCCCGUCCUAUCUCCUCUCAUCUCCACCCAUCCCAUCCCAUCUCCUCUCAUCUCCACCCAUCCCGUCCUAUCUCCUCUCAUCUCCACCCAUCCCGUCCUAUCUCCUCCCAUCUCCACCCAUCCCGUCCUAUCUCCUCUCAUCUCCAACCAUCCCAUCCCAUCUCCUCCCAUCUCCAUCCAUCCCGUCCUAUCUCCUCUCAUCUCCACCCUCCCAUCUCCACCUAUCCCGUCCUAUCUCCUCCAAUCUCCACCCAUCCUGUCCCAUCUCCUCCUAUCUACACCCAUACCGUCCUAUCUCCUCUCAUCUUCACCCAUCCCAUCCCAUCUCCUCCCAUCUCCACCCAUCCCCUCCCAUCUCCUCUCAUCUCCCCCCAUCCCGUCCCAUCUCCUCCCAUCUCCACCCCUCCCGUCCUAUCUCCUCUCAUCUCCAUCCAUCCCGUCCUAUCUCCUCCCAUCUCCACCCAUCGCAUCCCAUCUCCUCUCAUGUCCACCCAUCCCGUCCUAUCUCCUCUCAUCUCCAUCCAUCCCAUCUCAUCUCCUCCCAUCUCCACCCAUCCCAUCCCAUCUCCUCCCAUCUCCACCCAUCCCGUCCUAUCUCCUCCCAUCUCCACCCAUCCCGUCCUAUCUCCUCCCAUCUCCACCCAUCCCGUCCUAUCUCAUCCCAUCUCCUCUCAUCUCCACCCAUCCCAUCCCAUCUCCUCCCAUCUCCACCCAUCCCCUCCCAUCUCCUCUCAUCUCCACCCAUCCCGUCCUAUCUCCUCUCAUCUCCACCCAUCCCGUCCUAUCUCCUCCCAUCUCCACCCAUCCCGUCCCAUCUCCUCUCAUCUCCACCCAUCUCGUCCUAUCUCCUCUCAUCUCCACCCAUCCCGUCCUAUCUCCUCCCAUCUCCACCCAUCCCGUCCCAUCUCCUCUCAUCUCCACCCAUCCCGUCCUAUCUCCUCUCAUCUCCACCCAUCCCGUCCUAUCUCCUCUCAUCUCCAUCCAUCCCGUCCUAUCUCCUCCCAUCUCCACCCAUCCCGUCCUAUCUCCUCUCAUCUCCACCUAUCCCAUCCCAUCUCCUCCCAUCUCCACCCAUCCCGUCCUAUCUCCUCCCAUCUGCUAACAUCCUGUCCUAUCUCCUCUCAUCUCCACCCAUCCCGUCCUAUCUCCUCUCAUCUCCACCCAUCCCGUCCUAUCUCCUCCCAUCUCCACCCAUCCCGUCCCAUCUCCUCUCAUCUCCACCCAUCCCUCCUAUCUCCUCUCAUUCCUCUCUCCUCCCAUCUCCACCCAUCCCGUCCCAUCUCCUCCCAUCUCCAUCCAUCCCGUCCUAUCUCCUCUCAUCUCCUCGCAUCCCAUCCCAUCUCCUCCCAUCUCCACCCAUCCCGUCCUAUCUCCUCCCAUCUCCACACAUCCCGUCCUAUCUCCUCUCAUCUCCACCCAUCCCGUCCAAUCUCCUCUCAUCUCCACCCAUCCCAUCUUAUCUCCGCUCAUCUCCACCCAUCCUGUCCCAUCUCCUCCUAUCUACACCCAUACCGUCCUAUCUCCUCUCAUCUCCACCCAUCCCAUCCCAUCUCCUCCCAUCUCCACCCAUCCCAUCCUAUCUCCUCCCAUCUCCACCCAUCCCGUCCUAUCUCCUCUCAUCUCCAUCCAUCCCGUCCUAUCUCCUCCCAUCUCCACCUAUCGCAUCCCAUCUCCUCUCAUGUCCACCCAUCCCGUCCUAUCUCCUCUCAUCUCCAUCCAUCCCAACCUAUCUCCUCUCAUCUCCACCCAUCCCGUCCCAUCUCUUCUCAUCUCCACCCAUCCCAUCCCAACUCCUCCCAUCUCCACCCAUCCCGUCCUAUCUCCUCUCAUCUCCACCCAUCCCGUCCCAUCUCCUCUCAUCUCCACCCAUCCCGUCCUAUCUCCUCCCAUCUCCACCCAUCCCGUCCUAUCUCCUCUCAUCUCCACCCAUCCCAUCCCAUCUCCUCUCAUCUCCACACAUUCCGUCCUAUCUCCUCUCAUCUCCACCCAUCCCAUCCCAUCUCCCCCCAUCUCCACCCAUCCUGUCCAAUCUCCUCUCAUCUCCACCCAUCCCACCCUAUCUCCUCUCAACUCCACCCAUCCCAUCCCAUCUCCUCCCAUCUCCACCCAUCCCGUCCUAUCUCCUCCCAUCUCCACCCAUCCCGUCCUAUCUCCUCACAUCUCCACCCAUCCCGUCCCAUCUCCUCUCAUCUCCACCCAUCCCGUCCUAUCUCCUCUCAUCUCCACCCAUCCCGUCCUAUCUCCUCUCAUCUCCAUCCAUCCCGUCCUAUCUCCUCCCAUCUCCACCCAUCCCGUCCUAUCUAAUCUCAUCUCCACCCAUCCCAUCCCAUCUCCUCUCAUCUCCACCCAUCCCGUCCUAUCUCCUCUCAUCUCCACCCAUCCCGUCCUAUCUCCUCCCAUCUCCACCCAUCCCGUCCUAUCUCCUCUCAUCUCCAACCAUCCCAUCCCAUCUCCUCCCAUCUCCAUCCAUCCCGUCCUAUCUCCUCUCAUCUCCACCCUCCCAUCUCCACCCAUCCCGUCCUAUCUCCUCCAAUCUCCACCCAUCCUGUCCCAUCUCCUCCUAUCUACACCCAUACCGUCCUAUCUCCUCUCAUCUUCACCCAUCCCAUCCCAUCUCCUCCCAUCUCCACCCAUCCCCUCCCAUCUCCUCUCAUCUCCCCCCAUCCCGUCCCAUCUCCUCCCAUCUCCACCCCUCCCGUCCUAUCUCCUCUCAUCUCCAUCCAUCCCGUCCUAUCUCCUCCCAUCUCCACCCAUCGCAUCCCAUCUCCUCUCAUGUCCACCCAUCCCAUCCUAUCUCCUCCCAUCUCCACUCAUCCCGUACUAUCUCCUCUCAUCUCCACCCGUCCCGUCCAUUCUCCUCUCAUCUCCACCCAUCCCAUCUCAUCUCCUCCCAUCUCCACCCAUCCCAUCCCAUCUCCUCCCAUCUCCACCCAUCCCGUCCUAUCUCCUCCCAUCUCCACCCAUCCCGUCCUAUCUCCUCCCAUCUCCACCCAUCCCGUCCUAUCUCAUCCCAUCUCCUCUCAUCUCCACCCAUCCCAUCCCAUCUCCUCCCAUCUCCACCCAUCCCCUCCCAUCUCCUCUCAUCUCCACCCAUCCCGUCCUAUCUCCUCUCAUCUCCACCCAUCCCGUCCUAUCUCCUCCCAUCUCCACCCAUCCCGUCCCAUCUCCUCUCAUCUCCACCCAUCCCGUCCUAUCUCCUCUCAUCUCCACCCAUCCCGUCCUAUCUCCUCUCAUCUCCAUCCAUCCCGUCCUAUCUCCUCCCAUCUCCACCCAUCCCGUCCUAUCUCCUCUCAUCUCCACCUAUCCCAUCCCAUCUCCUCCCAUCUCCACCCAUCCCGUCCUAUCUCCUCCCAUCUGCUAACAUCCUGUCCUAUCUCCUCUCAUCUCCACCCAUCCCGUCCUAUCUCCUCUCAUCUCCACCCAUCCCGUCCUAUCUCCUCCCAUCUCCACCCAUCCCGUCCCAUCUCCUCUCAUCUCCACCCAUCCCGUCUAAUCUCCUCUCAUCUCCACCCAUCCCAUCCCAUCUCCUCCAUCUCCACCCAUCCCAUCCCAUCUCCUCUCAUCUCCACCCAUCCCAUCCCAUCUCCUCUCAUCUCCACCCAUCCAGUCCUAUCUCCUCUCAUCUCCACCCAUCCUGUCCCAUCUCCUCUCAUCUCCACCCAUCCCGUCCUAUCUCCUCCCAUCUCCACCCAUCCCGUCCUAUCUCCUCUCAUCUCCACCCAUCCCAUCCCAUCUCCUCUCAUCUCCACCCAUCCAGUCCUCUCUCCUCUCAUCUCCACCCAUCCCAUCCCAUCUCCUCUCAUCUCCACCCAUCCAGUCCUCUCUCCUCCCAUCUCCACCCAUCCCGUCCCAUCUCCUCCCAUCUCCAUCCAUCCCGUCCUAUCUCCUCUCAUCUCCUCGCAUCCCAUCCCAUCUCCUCCCAUCUCCACCCAUCCCGUCCUAUCUCCUCCCAUCUCCACACAUCCCGUCCUAUCUCCUCUCAUCUCCACCCAUCCCGUCCAAUCUCCUCUCAUCUCCACCCAUCCCAUCUUAUCUCCGCUCAUCUCCACCCAUCCUGUCCCAUCUCCUCCUAUCUACACCCAUACCGUCCUAUCUCCUCUCAUCUCCACCCAUCCCAUCCCAUCUCCUCCCAUCUCCACCCAUCCCAUCCUAUCUCCUCCCAUCUCCACCCAUCCCGUCCUAUCUCCUCUCAUCUCCAUCCAUCCCGUCCUAUCUCCUCCCAUCUCCACCUAUCGCAUCCCAUCUCCUCUCAUGUCCACCCAUCCCGUCCUAUCUCCUCUCAUCUCCAUCCAUCCCAACCUAUCUCCUCCCAUCUCCACCCAUCCCGACCCAUCUCCUCUCAUCUCGACCCAUCCCAUCCCAACUCCUCCCAUCUCCACCCAUCCCGUCCUAUCUCCUCUCAUCUCCACCCAUCCCGUCCCAUCUCUUCUCAUCUCCACCCAUCCCAUCCCAACUCCUCCCAUCUCCACCCAUCCCGUCCUAUCUCCUCUCAUCUCCACCCAUCCCGUCCCAUCUCCUCUCAUCUCCACCCAUCCCGUCCUAUCUCCUCCCAUCUCCACACAUUCCCUCCACUUAACCCGUCCUAUCUCCUCUCAUCUCCAUCCAUCCCGUCCUAUCUCCUCCCAUCUCCACCCACCCUGUCCUAUCUCCUCCCAUCUCGACCCAUCCCGUCCUAUCUCCUCCCAUCUCCACCCAUCCCGUCCUAUCUCCUCUCAUCUCCACCCAUCCCGUCCCAUCUCUUCUCAUCUCCACCCAUCCCAUCCCAACUCCUCCCAUCUCCACCCAUCCCGUCCUAUCUCCUCUCAUCUCCACCCAUCCCGUCCCAUCUCCUCUCAUCUCCACCCAUCCCGUCCUAUCUCCUCCCAUCUCCACCCAUCCCGUCCUAUCUCCUCUCAUCUCCACCCAUCCCGUCCUAUCUCCUCUCAUCUCCACCCAUCCCAUCCCAUCUCCUCCCAUCUCCACCCAUCCCAUCCCAUCUCCUCUCAUCUCCACCCAUCCCAUCCCAUCUCCUCCCAUCUCCACCCAUCCCAUCCCAUCUCCUCCCAUCUCCACCCAUCCUGUCCUAUCUCCUCUCAUCUCCACCCAUCCCGUCCUAUCUCCUCUCAACUCCACCCAUCCAAUCCCAUCUCCUCCCAUCUCCACCCGUCCCGUCCUAUCUCCUCCCAUCUCCACCCAUCCUGUCCUAUCUCCUCUCAUCUCCACCCAUCCCAUCCCAUCUCCUCCCAUCUCCACCCACCCCAUCCCAUCUCCUCUCAUCUCCACCCAUCCCGUCCCAUCUCCUCUCAUCUCCACCCAUCCCAUCUCAACUCAUCCCAUCUCCACCCAUCCCGUCCCAUCUCCACUCAUCUCCACCCAUCCCGUCCUAUCUCCUCUCAUCUCGACCCAUCCCAUCCCAUCUCCUCUCAUCUCCACCCAUCCCAUCCCAUCUCCUCCCAUGUCCACCCAUCCUAUCCUAUCUCCUCUCAUCUCCACCCAUCCCGUCCUUUCUCCUCACAUCUCCAUCCAUCCCGUCCUUUCUCCUCCCAUCUCCACCCAUCCCAUCCUAUCGCCUCCCAUCUCCACCCACUCCGUCCUAUCUCCUCUCAUCUCCACCCAUCCCGUCCUAUCUCCUCUCAUCUCCACCCAUCCCGUCCUAUCUCCUCUCAUCUCCAUCCAUCCCGCCCUAUCGCCUCCCAUCUCCACCCACCCCAUCCUAUCUCCUCUCAUCUCCACCCAUCCCAUCCCAUCUCCUCCCAUCUCUACCCGUCCCAUCCCAUCUCCUCUCAUCUCCAACCAUCCCGUCCUAUCUCCUCUCAUCUCCACCCAUCCCAUCCCAUCUCCUCCCAUCUCCACCCAUCCCGUCCUAUCUCCUCUCAUCUCCACCCAUCCCGUCCUAUCUCCUCUCAUCUCCACCCAUCCCAUCCCAUCUCCUCUCAUCUCCACCCAUCCUGUCCCAUCUCCUCCUAUCUACACCCAUACAGUCCUAUCUCCUCUCAUCUCCACCCAUCCCAUCCCAUCUCCUCCCAUCUCCACCCAUCCCAUCCUAUCUCCUCCCAUCUCCACCCAUCCCAUCCCAUCUCGUCCUAUCUCCUCCCAUCUCCACACAUCCCGUCCUAUCUCCUCUCAUCUCCACCCAUCCCGUCCUAUCUCCUCUCAUCUCCACCCAUCCCAUCCCAUCUCCUCUCAUCUCCACCCAUCCUGUCCCAUCUCCUCCUAUCUACACCCAUACCGUCCUAUCUCCUCUCAUCUCCACCCAUCCCAUCCCAUCUCCUCCCAUCUCCACCCAUCCCAUCCUAUCUCCUCCCAUCUCCACCCAUCCCGUCCUAUCUCCUCUCAUCUCCAUCCAUCCCGUCCUAUCUCCUCCCAUCUCCACCCAUCGCGUCCCAUCUCCUCUCAUGUCCACCCAUCCCGUCCUAUCUCCUCUCAUCUCCAUCCAUCCCAACCUAUCUCCUCCCAUCUCCACCCAUCCCGACCCAUCUCCUCUCAUCUCCACCCAUCCCGUCCUAUCUCCUCUCAUCUCGACCCAUCCCAUCCCAACUCCUCCCAUCUCCACCCAUCCCGUCCUAUCUCCUCUCAUCUCCACCCAUCCCGUCCCAUCUCCUCUCAUCUCCACCCAUCCCAUCCCAACUCAUCCCAUCUCCACCCAUCCCGUCCCAUCUCCACUCAUCUCCACCCAUCCCGUCCUAUCUCCUCUCAUCUCGACCCAUCCCAUCCCAACUCCUCCCAUCUCCACCCAUCCCGUCCUAUCUCCUCUCAUCUCCACCCAUCCCGUCGCAUCUCCUCUCAUCUCCACCCAUCCCAUCCCAACUCCUCCCAUCUCCACCCAUCCCCUCCUAUCUCCUCUCAUCUCCACCCAUCCCGUCCUAUCUCCUCUCAUCUCCACCCAUCCGAUCCAAUCUCCUCCCAUCUCCACCCAUCCCAUCCCAUCUCCUCCCUUCUCUACCCAUCCCGUCCUAUCUCCUCUCAUCUCCACCCAUCCCAUCCCAUCUCCUCUCAUCUCCACCCAUCCCAUCCCAUCUCCUCCCAUCUCCACCCAUCCCAUCCCAUCUCCUCCCAUCUCCACCCAUCCUGUCCUAUCUCCUCUCAUCUCCACCCAUCCCGUCCUAUCUCCUCUCAACUCCACCCAUCCCAUCCCAUCUCCUCCCAUCUCCACCCAUCCCGUCCUAUCUCCUCCCAUCUCCACCCAUCCUGUCCUAUCUCCUCUCAUCUCCACCCAUCCCAUCCCAUCUCCUCCCAUCUCCACCCACCCCAUCCCAUCUCCUCUCAUCUCCACCCAUCCCGUCCUAUCUCCUCUCAUCUCCACCCAUCCCAUCCCAUCUCCUCCCAUCUCCACCCAUUCUAUCCUAUCUCCUCUCAUCUCCACCCAUACCGUCCUAUCUCCUCACAUCUCCAUCCAUCCCGCCCUAUCUCCUCCCAUCUCCACCCAUCCCAUCCUAUCGCCUCCCAUCUCCACCCACCCCGUCCUAUCUCCUCUCAUCUCCACCCAUCCCGUCCUAUCGCCUCCCAUCUCCACCCACCCCAUCCUACCUCCUCUCAUCUCCACCCAUUCCAUCCCAUCUCCUCCCAUCUCCACCCAUCCCGUCCUAUCUCCUCUCAUCUCCACACAUCCCGUCCUAUCUCCUCUCAUCUCUACCCAUCCCAUUCCAUCUCCUCCCAUCUCCACCCAUCCCAUCACAUCUCCUCCCAUCUCCACUUAACCCGUCCUAUCUCCUCUCAUCUCCAUCCAUCCCGUCUUAUCUCCUCCCAUCUCCACCCACCCCGUCCAAUCUCCUCUCAUCUCCACCAAUCCCAUCCCAUCUCCUCCCAUUUCCACCCAUCCCAUCCCAUCUCCUCUCAUCUCCACCCAUCCCAUCCCAUCUCCUCCCAUCUCCACCCAUCCCGUCCUAUCUCCUCCCAUCUCCACUCAUCCCGUCCUAUCUCCUCUCAUCUCCACCCACCCCGUUCUCUCUCCUCUCAUCUCCAUCCCUCCCGCCCUAUCUCCUCCCAUCUCAACCCAUCCCGUCCUAUCGCCUCCCAUCUCCACCCACCCCGUCCUAUCUCCUCUCAUCUCCACCCAUCCCGUCCUAUCUCCUCUCAUCUCCACCCAUCCCAUCCCAUCUCCUCCCAUCUCCAACCAUCCCGUCCUAUCUCCUCUCAUCUCCACCCAUCCCGUCCUAUCUCCUCUCAUCUCCACCCAUCCCGUCCUAUCUCUGCCCAUCUACACCCAUCCCAUCCCAUCUCCUCCCAUCUCCACCCAUCCCAUCCCAUCUCCUCCCAUCUCCACCCAUCCCAUCCUAUCUCCUCCCAUCUCCACUCAUCCUGUCCUAUCUCCUCUCAUCUUCACCCAUCCCGUCCCUUCUCCUCUCAUCUCCACCCAUCCAGUCCUAUCUCCUCUCAUCUCCACCCAUCCCGUCCUAUCUCCUCCAAUCUCCACCCACCCCGUCCUAUCUCCUCUCAUCUCCACCCAACCCAUCCCAUCUCCUCCCAUCUCCACCCAACCCAUCCCAUCUCCUCUCAUCUCCAACCAUCCCGUCCUAUCUCCUCUCAUCUCCACCCAUCCCAUCCCAUCUCCUUCCAUCUCCACCCAUCCCGUCCUAUCUCCUCCCAUCUUCACCCAUCCCAUCCAAUCUCCUCUCAUCUCCAUCCAUCCCGCCCUAUCUCCUCCCAUCUCCACCCAUCCCUUCCUAUCGCCACCCAUCUCCACCCACCCCGUUCUAUCUCCUCUCAUCUCCACCCAUCCCGUCCUAUCUCCUCUCAUCUCCACCCAUCCCAUCCCAUCUCCUCCCAUCUCCACCCAUCCCGUCCUAUCUCCUCUCAUCUCCACCCAUCCCAUCCCAUCUCCUUCCAGCUCCACUUUACCCGUCCUAUCUCCUCUCAUCUCCAUCUAUCCCGUCUUAUCUCCUCCCAUCUCCACCCACCCCGUCCUAUCUCCUCUCAUCUCCACCCAUCCCAUCCCAUCUCCUCCCAUCUCCACCCGUCCCAUCCCAUCUCCUCUCAUCUCCAACCAUCCCGUCCUAUCUCCUCUCAUCUCCACCCAUCCCAUCCCUCUCCUCCCAUCUCCACCCAUCCCGUCCCAUCUCCUCCCAUCUCCACCCAUCCCAUCCCAUCUCCUCCCAUCUCCACCCAUCCCAUCCCAUCUCUUCCCAUCUCCACCCAUCCCAUCCUAUCUCCUCCCAUCUCCACUUAUCCCGUCCUAUCUCCUCUCAUCUCCACCCAUCCCGUCCUAUCUCCUCUCAUCUCCAACCAUCCCAUCCCAUCUCCUUCCAUCUCCCCCCAUCCCGUCCUAUCUCCUCUCAUCUCCACGCACCCCGUUCUAUCUCCUCCCAUCUCCACCCACCCUGUCCUAUCUCCUCUCAUCCCCACCCAUCCCAUCCAAUCUCCUCCCAUCUCCACCUAUCCCAUCCUAUCUCCUCUCAUCUCCACCCAUCCCAUCCCAUCUCCUCCCAUCUCCACCCGUCCCAUCCCAUCUCCUCUCAUCUCCACCCAUCCCGUCCCAUCUCCUUCCAUCUCCACCCAUCCCGUCCUAUCUCCUCUCAUCUCCACCCAUCCCAUCCCAUCUCCUCUCAUCUCCACCCAUCCCGUCCUAUCUCCUCCCAUCUCCACUCAUCCUGUCCUAUCUCCUCUCAUCUCCACCCAUCCCGUCCUAUCUCUUCUCUUCUCCGCCCAUCCCAUCCCAUCUCCUCUCAUCUCUGUUAGGAUUAAGGACGGAGUCUA